CAUGUGGCAGUACGGUAGAGAAAAGGUAAAUUAAAGAGGUGUUAAAGGGAAGAGAGGGUGUCAUUGGGGUAUAGACUACAAUAACACUAAUGGCCAAGAAAAGUAUAGCUAUGUCUUUAUUAGAGAAAUAAACUAUGCAAAAAGAAGGGGAACACUCCUUGUAUAUAUAUUUGAUUCUUGUUCAGUAAUAUUUCAUACAAACGCAAUCCUCACAAAUUCUCUCUUUUACAAAUAAUACAACCAGCCACAUAUAAUGGUGACCAAGAAACCAAAAGUAGUGAUAAUUGGGGCAGGAAUGGCUGGUCUAACAGCUGCUAACAAACUCUAUACAACAGAACUGUUAGAUUUGUGUGUAGUUGAGGGUGGAAAUAGGAUUGGUGGAAGGAUAAACACCUCAGAGUUUUUUGGUGAUAGGAUUGAGAUGGGUGCUACUUGGAUCCAUGGAAUUGGUGGCAGUCCUGUUUACAACAUUGCUCAACAUAUUAACUCACUGCAAUCUGAUCAGCCUUGGGAGUGUAUGGAUGGACUCUUGGAAACUGAAGUAGUCACAAUAUCUGAACAUGGAUAUGGGCUUAAUCCUUCCCUUGUUGAUCCCAUCACAAAUCUUUUCAACAAACUCAUGGAUUUUGCUCAAGGGAAAUUAGUCCUUGAAGAUGAAAAUAUUGCUAAAUCAUCCAAUGGUGGAAAUCUCAAUAUGAGUCUUGGUUCUUUCCUUAGGAGAGGCCUUGAUGCUUAUUGGGAUUCAGUGAAAGAUGACAAUAAGGAUAUUGAGUUAGAUAAAUGGAGAAAAAGAUCACUUGAACAAGGCGUUUUCGCGAUGUUUGAGAAUAUACAGAGGACUUAUACAUCAGCUGGUGAUUUGCAAAUGCUAGAUUUCAAUGCAGAAAGCGAGUAUCGCAUGUUUCCUGGAGAAGAAAUAACCAUUGCUAAAGGUUAUUUAUCGGUGAUCGAAGCUUUGGCCUCUGUUCUACCAGCUGGUUUGAUCCAACUAGGCCGAAAAGUGUCAAAGAUUGAGUGGCAGCCUGACGAAUCACUCGAAAUUGAAAAUGGUACUAGUAAUAAGCCAGUGAAGCUACAUUUUGUUGAUGGAUCAAUCAUGUAUGCUGAUCAUGUUAUAGUUACAGUAUCACUUGGAGUUCUAAAACAGGGAAUACACCAAGAUUCUGGUAUGUUUAAUCCCCCACUUCCUAGUUUCAAGACUCAAGCAAUCUCAAGGCUUGGUUUUGGUGUUGUCAACAAGCUAUUCUUGAAACUACAUCCAACCCAUGAUGAAGAAUAUGCCAUAAAUUUCCCCUACCUGCAAAUGGUAUUCAAUCAGUCAGAACCAAACCCAAAAAUUCCUUGGUGGAUGAGGAGGACAGCCAAUUUGUCUCCAAUUUAUGGCAAGUCAAAUGUUUUGUUAUCAUGGUUUGCAGGUAAAGAAGCUCUUGAGUUGGAAUCUCUUGAUGAUGAGGAGAUCAUUGAUGGGUUCUCAAAAACUAUCUCUAGCUUCCUUUUAAACUCAAAGCAUUUCAAGCAAUCCAAUGACUUGUGCAAUGGGCAUGCAAAUGAGAGUAGCUUUAAAGUGGAAAAGGUGUUAAAGAGCCAAUGGGGAACUGAUCCACUUUUCUUGGGUUCAUAUAGUUAUGUAGCAGUUGGAUCAAGUGGAGAUGAUUUGGAUGCUAUGGCUGAGCCUUUGCCAAAAAGGACAACCAUUCAUUCAAAUAUUUGUUCUACUCCACUUCAAAUUCUGUUUGCAGGGGAAGCAACACAUAGAACCCACUAUUCAACAACUCACGGUGCUUACUUUAGUGGCCUUAGAGAAGCCAAUAGGCUUCUUCACCACUAUCAUUGUAUUGAUAUAUGAAAAAAAGUUUGUUCUCAAUAGAACCUAGGCAGGUCACGUUGUCUUUGUGUGACUAUAGGUCACGGCUUAGAGCGGUGGAAGCAGCCACUAAUGCUUGCAUUAGGGUAGACUGUCUACAUCACACCCUUUGAGAUGCGGCUCUUUUCAGGACCCUAUUAAGACGGAAUGCUUUGUGCACCGGGCUAACCUUUUUUUUAGAACCUAGGCAGGUCUUUUCCUUGCUUUCGUUUUUUUUUUUUCUCCUGUGACCAUUAGUAUUCCUCAUUAUUUUCUACACUUGUUUGGAAAAAAGAAGAAGAUGUUUGCUAUUUCAAUCUAUGAUGGGGAUUUGAGAGAAAAAGGGGAAGUGGAACAGGUCUGGAAGGAAACAGAAAAGGAGAGGAGGACAUUUCCUGAUGUAGUGAUGAAUGAAUUGAAAGAUCUCCUUUUCAAUUUUCUAUUGCUUUCAAUGUGUUUGUGAUUAAUUUCUUUUCCUCUCCUAUUAUUUGAGGGUUCUUGCUCUAUUAAAGCAAAUUAGUUGAUUAUGCUUGGGUACUUACAAUUAUUUGAAAGAUAAAGGUAAAGAAGAAGGAGCUAGCUUUGUAUCUCAUCAUAUUUGGUCCAUCUUUGUGGAGUCUCCUUUAGGAUGGUCAGUUGACAGGAUCCGAUAAAACCGGCCAUAGCCAACUAGAAUAUUUCUCUCUUGUAAAAGUAUUUUUCUUUGUUGGAAUUAAUGCAUUCACAAGGAUACUAUCCUUGACUUUUAUGUUUUUUAGGGGUUC